GUAAGAAUGGUGAAACCUGUUGUUCCUGCCGAUGCAAACUCAUCAUCCAAUCCAGGACAUGACGACAGAGUGUAUGACUACAAUCAGUGUAAGCCGUUGUUCGAUGCUGUGUGCACUGGGGAUUGGAAUAAAGCAAAGGAGUUUCUUACACUACAUCCCAAUGCAAUAAGAGCAAGACUUACAUCUGCAAACAAGAUAGCUCUUCACUAUGCAGCAGAACUAGAGCACGAGCAUAUUGUGGAAGAGUUGGUGCAGUUGAUGUCAGAGGAAGACUUGGAACUAACAGAUAAAUGGGGUUGGACAGCUCUAGCUUAUGCUGCAAAAAGAGCAAAUCUCAAAAUGGUUGAAUGCAUGGUUAGAAAAAGCAAGAAAAUACUUAGUAUUCCCAAUGGGACCGACAAUAUGACUCCAAUUCUCUUGGCUUCUUUCCAAGAACAAUGGGAUGUCGUUCAUUAUCUUUACUCCGCCACUCCCCUCCAAGAUCUAAUGCCAGAAAAAGGACCAUACGGCUCUACAAUUCUUCGCAGCUUUAUUAUUGGCAUGAAAUUUGGUAUUGCUCUGGAAUUAAUUCAGCAUUGCCCACAAUUGGUCUUAACCAAGGGCCAUGAUGGGGCAUUCCCGAUGGAAGGAUUUAUGCCUUCUGCAUUCCUGAGUGGAACACGCCUCAAAUUUUGGCAACGAUGGAUCUAUAAUUGUAUACGCAUAGAGCAUGCCAUUAGUGAUAUUCGUGUAAGUGUUCAAAAUGAAGGAAAUGACGAAUGUAAUCGAAUGAAGAUCACUUGGUCAGUGGUAGGUUUCUUGAAAGGUUUGAAAUCAAAUCUCCUUGAACUUUUGGGAAUCAAUCGCAUACGCGAAAUAAAACAGGCCCACAUUCAAUCACUUGAACUCCUUCAUCACAUGUGUGAAGUGAUAAAACAUUCACCUGGCCAAUAUUACAUACGUAGAGCAAUUUUUCGAUCUAUCAACCGAGGGAUGUUUGAGUUUACUGACAGUGUAUUGCAAGCAAGACCAGAUAUCAUGUGGAUCAAUAAUGAAAUAGGAAGGACCCUCUUUCAGUUUGCAAUUGAAUGUCGCCAAGAAAAAAUUUAUAGCCUUAUUUAUAAACUGGAUAAAAGAAAAAGAACAGUGAUUGGAAAUUUUGCAGACAGGUCUAAAAAUUGCGCGCUACAUGUGGCUGGGAUUCUAUCCCCAUUGGCAAAGCUCGAUAAUAUCUCAGGUGCAGCUUUGCAAAUGCAGAGAGAAGUGCAAUGGUUUAAGGAGGUCGAGACUAUUGCAUUACCCCGGAUUAAAGAAUCUAUUAAUAACGACAGUAUGACGCCGCGUGAGCUGUUUACAAAAAGCCACAAGGAAUUGGUGAAGGAGGGAGAAAGAUGGAUGAAAGAAAGUGCAACUUCUUGUACAGUUGUAGGUGCUCUCAUUAUUACCAUCAUGUUUGCUGCAGCAUUCACAGUUCCUGGUGGAAACAACGAAGAAACAGGCUUCCCAAUAUUCUUGCAUAAAAAUUUAUUUAUGGCUUUUAUAGUUUCAGAUGCUGUAUCGCUCUUUUCAUCUACAACUUCGGUGUUGAUGUUUUUAGGAAUCCUCACAUCACGUUAUGCGGAAGAUGAUUUCCUCAAAUCCUUACCAACAAAGAUGAUAAUAGGCCUUUCCACCUUAUUCAUCUCUAUUGCCACCAUGAUGGUUGCCUUUUCUUCUGCCCUUUUCAUUAUGAUCCAUGAACAGUCGUGGAUUGUUAUUCCAAUGAUUUUCCUUGCUAGUGUUCCAGUCACCUUAUUUAUUUGGAUGCAAUUUCCUCUUCUAGUUGAGAUGUACAUUUCUACUUAUGGAGGAGGAAUAUUUGACAAGAAAGUGAAAUCAAGGGCAUAAAUUCUUCUACAUGGAAGAGGAAUAUUUGAUAGGAAAGUGAAAUCAUGGACUUUUAACUUCUUGAUGGUACCUGUAAGUUGUAACUUCUAAGAAGCUUGUGUGUGUCUGGCAUCCUAUAAUAAAACUGAAAGUUCAGUAU